AUGAACAUGGAGUUCCUUCCCUCGACCAUGCACAUCACUAACUCAAUUCAAAUUGACAGAGCUCUGGGCAGUGCUUUCCCUCUUUAUGAUCUCCAAGGCUUCAUUGCUGGUCAGACACCUACCAUCCCAGAGCCAGCCACCCUCCAUCCAAGCAGCGUCGCUCUAGCCUACCAACUCGGUAAUCUAUACUCACUCCUAUUCCUGGUCGGGGUCGGAGUGUGCCAUGCCACAACAGAGCCCAAGGUGUUGCGCAACUACCUCGUCGGGCUGGCCAUCGCCGACGUAGGGCAUGUAUAUGCUACAGGCUUGGCAAUGGGCUGGGACGCAUUUUUGGACGUUGGAUCAUGGAACGCCCUAACAUGGGGUAACAUCGGAGCAACUGCAUUCUUGUUUGUGAAUAGAAUCGCCUAUUUCUGGGGAGUAUUUGGAUAUGCGAAGGCGCCUAAGGCGGCUGAGAAACAGCAGUGA